UGAUUAGAUUAUGCAUCCACUUUUUGCGGGCCAUCCCUCUUCUAGGUUCGCACUACUCUUUGCGACAUCGGUCCUGCCCCUCUUGGCUCCUCCUGGGUUUGCCUUGGCCUUACUUGAUUGGAUUGUUCCCCAUAGCUACUACCUUCUUUCCUUGUUCGCUUUCCUGGCUAGAAUUCGCUAGAUGACCUUCACGGAGAAUCAAACCCACAGCGGUGCUGUGGUGCUGAUCGACUGUCAAGGUGCACACGCGACUAUAUAUUGCACCAAGUCACCCACGUUCCCUUGGCUUGGCACUCGAAUCAAUUGUUUUACUUGCUCUGCUUGCAGUCAUGCGGUCUUUUCUUUCCACCCAAAAAGUCAACGGCGAGGUCGAGGGAGUGACUGAACAGUCAACCGAUAACACUGAAAAGGAAGUUGGGGUCAAGAAUCAAGAUGUGUCAACAGAUAGCGACACUGAUGAGAUAUCUGCCGACGCACAACCUGGUGUGCAAGAUAUCGAAGCCGUCACAAAAGUGUGGAGCAAAACGCACUUGGUCUUCGCCUAUAUCAUGAUCUGGUGCAUCUACUUCCUCAACACCAUCGAACAGUCGUCCACGGGUGCUUUGACACCUUAUGUGACGAGUGCGUUCCAGUUACAUACUCUAACGGCCGCCACGUCCAUUAUGUCCAGCAUCAUCGGUGGUCUUGUCCGGCUUCCACUCGCAAAGGUUCUUGAUAUCUGGGGCCGACCUCAAGGUUAUGCAUUGAUGGUCUUUUUUCUGACCAUGGGGUUGGUCAUGAUGGCUGCAUGCAAGAAUGUAGAAACUUAUGCUGCAGCACAAGUUUUCUACUGGGUUGGAUAUAAUGGACUCAACUACUGUCUGUCAAUCUUCAUUGCAGACACCUCAUCGUUGAAGAACCGAGGCUUGAUGUUCGCCUUCACAUCAUCCCCAUACAUUAUCACAGUCUGGUGCGGUGGCCCAAUUGCGUCGAGCUUUUUGGCAGGGUCUGGCUUCCGCUGGGCCUUUGGAAUGUGGGCAAUCCUUACCCCAUGCUUCACCAUGCCGCUCUGGGCUCUGUUCAUGUGGAACUAUCGCAAAGCAGAGAGAGCUGGAUUGAUUCCGAAAAGAGAAAGCAACAGGACAACGUUUGAGUCGCUGAAGUACUACGUCAUCGAAUUUGACGUUGUCGGCCUGUUCCUCAUCGCUGGAGGUCUGGCAUUGUUCUUGCUUCCCUUCUCCCUGUACUCCUACCAGGCCAACGGCUGGAAAUCAGCUCUCGUUAUCAGCAUGAUUGUCAUCGGCGGACUCAUGUUGAUCGCUUUCGGCUUGUACGAAAAGUACGUGGCCCCCAAGACUUUCAUUCCUUGGGGACUUCUCACAGACCGCACUGUGCUUGGCGCUUGCAUUCUCGCCGCCACUCUCUUCAUUGAAUUUUACAUUUGGGACAGCUACUUCUCCUCUUUUCUCCAAGUUGUCAACAAUCUCAGCGUCACGAAAGCAAGCUACGUCGUCAACAUCUACAGCAUUGGCUCUUGUUUCUGGGCUCUCGUUGUCGGAGCUCUGAUCCGAUACACAGGCCGUUUCAAGUGGCUUGCCCUGUACUUCGGUGUUCCGAUCACGAUCUUGGGUGUCGGACUGAUGGUCAAGUUCCGCCAGCCGGACACCAAUGUCGGCUUCCUUGUCAUGUGCCAGAUCUUCAUCGCCUUUGGAGGCGGAACUCUGGUUAUCUGUGAACAGAUUGCCGCCAUGGCUGCCACAUCUCAUCAGUACAUUGCUGUCGUCCUGGCUGUCGAAGGCAUGUUUGCCAGCGUCGGUGGUGCCAUCGGUUCCACGGUCGCUGGAGCGAUCUGGACUGGAACAUUCCCUAACAAGCUCGAGCAAUACUUGCCCGCUGAUGCGCAAGCAAAUUUGACCGACAUUUAUAAGAGUCUUAAUGUUCAGAUAUCGUAUGAGUGGGGGUCGGAAACAAGGAACGCGAUUGCGCAUGCGUACGGUGAAAGUCAGAGAUACAUGCUGAUUGCUGCAACUGCAAUUUCGGUUCUUGCUUUGGUGUCCGUGGCGGUGUGGAGGGAUAUCCAGGUGAAGGAUUUCAAGCAGACGAAGGGACGUGUUGUGUAGUUGCUCGAAUGUCGUUGCAUGAUUUAAUUGGAAGCGGACUCGAGAACGAGGGACUCAUUGGACGGAAUUGGCCGGGUUGGGACAUCGACCAACGAGUGUAAAGGCCAGGGUUGGACAAGCAUACUCUGAAAGCAGCAGUUUAGAGGCUAAAUUUUUUCUCAAUAUACCCGC